GCGCUUUUACUAGUACGGCACAGAGGAGAUCGUGAGAUACAGAUCCCGUUUAUUGAAUGGAAUAGUGAAUUGCGGACCUGCUCACACCUGACGCGUAACAGCCGAGGGGUAGGCUAUUAUUUGCCGGUGAAAGCAAGAGGUCUGCAACCAGAGGGGAGUGACAAUUUAAUCUCUUUCCUAUGGAUUUAAUGCUGAUGUAUUUAUCUUAAACCCGUUUCUUCCCUCUGGAUCCGCUUUGUGGCUGGGAACCGGCUGGAUAGCAUACAUCUGCAUACAAAUUGGAUUGGAGUGAAACAACGGAUGCUCAGACAGCGGCGGAGAUCAUUCAGAUGAAUGUGUGAAGAAAUUUUGGCACAAUGACGCUGUUUAAUGGCUUUGGGAAGAACACAUGUGGACAAUUUCGUGUGUGGGUUUUCUGGAGGCUAAGGAUGCUUUUGGUGAUUUGUGUUGUAAUGGGAUUGUUAACAGUAAUGGUAGGAGGAGAUGGCACACCAGGUAUUUUGGAGCUCCAGUUAGAUGAGGAACAGCCUGCAGGAACAAUAGUGGGCGACAUCAGCGCUGGUUUGCCCCCUGGAGUUACAGCUUCAUUAUACUUCAUCUCUGACCACGAAGGUACCGGCAUUGGUAGCGAUCUCCACAUCGAUGAAACCACAGGGAUCAUAAAGACCGCCAGGCGACUUGACCGAGAAGAAAGGGACCAUUACAGUUUUAUCGCGGUCACUAUGACAGGUCUCACAAUCAAGGUUUCCAUCACUGUAAAUGAUAUCAACGAUCAUGCCCCCACAUUCCCCAAGAAGAAAGCCUCUUUGAAAAUCCCAGAACAAACAGCGGUGGGAACAAAGUUCUCGCUUGAGCCUGCCACUGAUGCGGAUAAGGAUCAGCUUACUGUACAAGGGUAUCAGAUCAAAGACGGCAAUGUAGGUCAAGUGUUCCGUCUCGAGACCAAAAGAGCAGCAAAUAAAGUCCUUUACCUUGACCUGGUAGUCAAUGGCGUCUUGGACCGAGAGAAGAGGUCCUCGUACUCUUUGGUGGUGGAGGCUUUUGAUGGCGGAUCUCUGCGGAAGACUGGUCAGAUGACUCUUGAUGUGUUGGUGCAGGAUAUCAAUGAUCAUGCUCCUGUUUUUAACCAGAGUCGCUACCAUGCCAUCAUCUCUGAGAGCCUACAACAGGGCAGCAACAUCUUGCAAGUUUUUGCAACGGAUGCUGAUGACGGAGAUAAUGGCCUUGUGCUCUAUGAGAUAAACCGACGCCAGACUGAUCCGGAUCACUAUUUCGUCAUUGACUCUCGCUCUGGGGUCAUAACGCUCAAUAAACCUUUAGACUAUGAGGUGAGAAAGGUCCAUGAGCUGGUAGUGCAAGCCAGAGAUAACGCAAGCCAUCCAGAGAUUACCAAUGCAUUUGUUACAAUCCACGUACGGGACUAUAACGAUAAUCAACCAACCAUGACCAUAAUCUUUCUCAGUGAGGAUGGUUCACCCCAAAUCUCUGAAGGUGCUCAACCAGGUCAGUACGUCGCAAGAAUCUCCGUCUCUGACCCUGAUUAUGGGGAGUACUCCAAUGUCAAUGUGUCACUCGAAGGAGGUGAUGGAAAAUUUGCUUUGACCACUAAAGACAGUAUCAUCUACCUCAUCUACGUCGACCAAACACUAGAUCGCGAAGAGAGGGAUUCGUAUGAGCUUCGGGUCAUGGCUACUGAUUCUGGAACCCCUCCACUUCGAGCAGAGUCUUUGUUUACUAUUCACAUUACUGAUGUAAAUGACAACCCGCCUCUCUUUGACCAGCAGGCUUACAAGCAAACCAUUCCAGAAGUUGUCUAUCCAGGUAGUUUUGUGCUUCAAGUGACUGCAAGGGACAAAGAUCAAGGUCUCAAUGGUGAUGUCCGUUACAGCAUCCUACCCGACAAGAGAACACAAGCAAGUUGGUUCACCAUUGACCCCAUAACGGGUAUUAUAACCACAGCAACCCAGCUGGAUUAUGAGAUGGACCCAAAGCCAAGUAUCAAAGUAGUGGCCACUGAUGGGGGAAGGCCCCCAUUAUCGUCUACGGCUGUGGUAGUUAUCGACCUGCAGGAUAGCAAUGAUAAUGAGCCAGUUUUUGGAAGCAGCUUCUACAACGUUUCUAUCAAGGAGAACACAGCAGCAGGGACCUGCUUCCUUGAGGUAAAAGCAGAUGAUGCAGAUGGUGGGUCGUUUGGGGCCAUUACAUACUCUAUUGGAUCUGGACCUAAUAGUGCCCCACCCAGCCAGUUCACUAUCAAUAAGGAGACUGGACAGAUCUGCACCAGUGUGGCUCUGGAUAGAGAUGAAGGAUCAGACAGUUUCGAUUUCACUGUCACUGCAGCUGAUGGGGGAGGCCUUACCUCAUCUGCCUAUGUAAAGGUGUCAUUGGUGGACAUCAAUGACAACAGACCUACAUUCUAUCCCCUGAACUAUGCCGUCAGCUUGAGUACACAGAGCACGCCCGGGACCUCCGUUGUCAGGGUAACAGCCCACGACCCAGAUGCUGAUGUAAAUGGCAAAGUGACCUAUCACACUGUCCCUGGUGGUGGAUCCAAUUUCUUCACCCUCAACAAGGACACAGGUGUGAUCUCUCUGUCACGCUCCCUGCAUGGAAAGGCCAACUCUGUCAUUGCCAUGGUGAUCACAGCACGGGAUGGAGGUGGUCUCACAGCACCUGUCAAUGCCAGAGUGAACAUCAGCAUUGUGGCCGGCUCAGUGGCACCCCCCUUGUUCGAACAAGCGCACUACUUCUUCACCGUGUCUGAAGACGUGCUCCGGGGUACUGAGGUUGGCGUAGUGCAGGCCAGCAGCAGGAAUGGAGUUUCUCUGGACAUCACCUACACUAUCUCUGCAGGGGAUCCAGAUGGUUAUUUCAUGGUAGAUUCUGAGACUGGAGCGCUUAGAACAAGUCUUCCUCUGGACCACGAGUCUCGACCCUCUUUCGACUUGGAGAUUCAAGCGCAAAGUGGUUCCCCUCCAGCUUUUGGAGAGACUCGCGUUCAGAUCACCAUCGCAGAUGUGAAUGAUAACGCCCCCGUUUUUUCCCCGUCAACCUCAGAGUCACUGCUGCUCCCAGAAGCCACUAAGAUGGGCACUGUCGUGUACCGCGUCCUGGCCGAGGACCGCGACUCAGGUCCUAAUGGACAGCUUAGCUUUGACCUGAUGUCAUCUGGAGGGCAACGUACAUUUGGGGUGGAACGAAGCAGUGGGGAGAUCCGACUAAUUGGGAGUCUGUCGUACGACACCGUACCACGCUAUGAUCUCCAAGUGAUUGCAAAAGACAGCGGUGCUCCCCAGCUUAGUGCCACAUUUACCCUAGUGGUCCACAUACAGGCGGAGAAUGACCAGGGUCCUGUGUUUGACACAAUGACCUAUCGUGUGGAGCUAAAGGAGAACACACCACUCAACACCCGUUUCCUACAGGUUCGGGCUCUCAACCGAGAUCCAUUGGGCAAUGGAGCUAUAUCCAAAGAUUCCAUGACAUCUUCUCCUCUGGCAUACCAUCUCCGGCCUGAUGGGGAUGCAGCAGGUUUUGGAAUCGCCCCAGAGAGCGGCUGGCUGUUUGUUAAGAGUGCUUUGGACAGAGAAGCCAAGGAAAUCUAUUUACUAACUGUACUCGCCACCUCAGGAAGUGGCCAGAUGAGGAAGACAGGUAGUGCGACGGUGAGAGUUACGUUGACGGACGAGAACGAUAACUCACCUCGAUUCUCUCAGGAGAGGGUGUUUUUAGCGGUAAGAGAGAACCUGCCUGCUGGAACAGGCUUUGGGAGAGUGUCUGCUAUGGACCGUGAUGCUGGCCUUAACAGUCGGCUUACAUACAAGCUACUCCACACGGACCGUUACUUCCAGAUCAAUUCCCAGACUGGUGAAAUCAGUACCAGAGCAACUUUGGACCGUGAGCACCAGUCCAGUUAUCAGCUGAUCGUGGUUGUCCAGGAUGGAGGUACCCCUCCCCGCAGUGCCACUGGAACAGCCCACAUCACAGUUCUCGAUGAGAACGACAACGCUCCGGCAUUCAGCCACACACAGCCUGGCAGGGAGAUUCUCAUUCAGGUUCAGGAGGGUCUUCCUGCAGGUUCUUUAUUAGGAACGUUGAAUGCCAAAGACCCAGAUGAGGGAGAGAAUGGCACUAUUUUUUACUCAUUAUCAGGCUCCAGAGUGGAACAUUUCUCCUUGAACCCAAACACUGGAGAGCUGCGCUCCUCCUCCCCCCUGAGACGAGCUGAAAAGGCAGAGUACAGCUUCACCGUGACCGCCUCGGAUCGCGGAUCACCAUCUCAGAGCUCUUCCACUGCCUUGCUUCUACAGGUCACUGGCUCCUCAAGGACCCCUCCAAAACCCAACACCCUAUCCAUGACCCUCAACUCAAUAGAGGGAGCUAAACCAGGCUCUGUUAUUGGUUCAGUCAGGUCACACGAUCAUCGUGAAUUCAUAGCAAACGGUCAGGUGACCUACCUGGUAGUGGGAGGCACAGAUCAUGAUGGCACAUUUAUGGUUGACCAUCUCACAGGAGAUGUAUAUUUGGCUAGAGAGCUGGACUAUGAAAAGGGAUCACGGUAUACUCUACAGAUUGUGGUGGACAACUUUUCAAAGGCCUUUCCAAGCAGUCAUAUGGUGCAGUUGGAAAUCAAUGUGCAGGACAGUAACGAUCAUGCACCACAGUUUCCAGAAGAUCCGGUCACUAUUGUCAUUCCUGAGAACAUUCAAGCAGGUUCUUCGAUCUACACAUUCCAGGCCACUGAUAAGGACGGUAGUGGCCCCAACAGCGAGAUACGUUAUUCUAUCCAACAGCAGUGGCCUGAUAGCCCAGAUCUCUUCACUCUUGAUCAAGUCACAGGAGUCCUAAAACUGGGCCAAGAGCUGGACCAUGAGAAGAUCUCCAGCCUCUUCCUGGUGGUCCAUGCUACAGAUUCAGCCAUGGAUCCCAAUCAAAGGCUCUGGGGAUCUGUAACAGCACAAGUGUUUGUGACUGAUGAGAAUGACAACGCUCCGAUCUUCAGUUCCCCUACGGCUGUUAGUGUGAUGGAGGACCAGCCCAUUGGUUUUGUCCUGCUCUACGUCAUGGCCCGGGAUGCAGACCAGGGGGAAAAUGGACGAGUGUCCUACAGGAUCCAGUCAGGCAACCCAGCAGGACGGUUCAGCCUCAGCCCCAACAGUGGCUCUCUCUCCAUCCUGAAACCUCUGGAUCGUGAGGAGCAGGAGAGCUACAACCUCACCAUUGUUGCUGAGGACCACGGUAUACCCCAACACUCCACCACUCAGGUGCUGUCUAUCCAGGUGAUUGACAUAAAUGAUGAAACACCAAGCUUUGAAAGGACUGAAUUUGAAGCACAAAUCAGAGAGAACCAGCCAGUAGGAACAACCAUACUAAAGGUCUCUGCCUCAGACCGGGAUCACGGCACUAACGGCUUGGUGACUUAUGGUGGUGUGACUGAGGAUGGAUUCACAAUUAAUCAAGAAACAGGUGUAAUAUCUGUCACCCAGGUCCUAGAUAGGGAACUUCUGGACCACUACAUAGUAACAGUGUAUGCAAAGGAUGGUGGCAUACCCCCUAACUUUGCCAAGACCAAAGUGCACAUCACUGUGUUGGAUGAGAAUGAUAAUGCACCCUCUUUUGGAAGGCAGCAAUACAGUCUGGAGGUUCCCGAGAACCUAGACCCCGUGGAACUGUUUGCCCUCAGAGCCACUGACCAGGACAUUGGAGAGAGUGGCCGACUGGAAUACAAGAUCACUGCUGGAGAUCCAGAUGGUGACUUUCAACUUGACAGUUCCUCUGGAGCUCUCUUAACCUCCAGACCUCUGGACCGAGAAAGGAAGAAAAGUUAUUCCCUGGAGGUGGUGGUCCAAGAUCAUGGUAGUCCCUCCCUGAGCAGCACUGCCACUGUGGAGAUCAGUAUCCUUGAUGUAAAUGACAACAGCCCCAAGUUCAGCAGCAGUAGCUACACCAUUGAGGUCUCAGAAGAUACUGCUGUAGGUAAGGUGGUGCUGGAUGUGACAGCCACUGAUGUGGAUGAGGGUGAGAAUGGACAGAUCCUGUACUUCCUAAGUCAAGAGGCCAAAGGUGCAUUCACAGUAGACCCAGACACAGGCCGAAUCACCACCAUAGCACCUCUAGACAGAGAGAAAAGGGCAUCUUGCACCUUUCAAAUAUAUGCAGUUGACCUGUCACCUGCCGCACCCCGUAAUGCCUCGGCCCAGGUAACUGUUACCAUCCUGGACGUCAAUGACAAUGCACCAUUCUUCAUCCAGGACCCACUUAUCAUUAAUGUGUCUAGUGGAAGUGUGUCCACACAUCAGGUGGUGGCCACCAUGAGAGCAGAAGAUAAGGACUUUGGAGCCAACGGGUCGGUGUUCUACCGGUUUGCGAUGCCAGUCCGGGGUUUUGCAAUUAAUUCGCUUACAGGAGAGAUCCAGACAACAGAGAAGCUACAGACACUGACGCAAACCCAGCGCACACUCAUAGUGGAGGCGAUGGACCAGGGAAGCCCUCCCCAAUCUUCUCUAGGGGUGGUGAUUAUCUAUGUGAAGGAGCAAGCCUAUAAGGGCAUUCGAUUCUCUCGCACCGCCAGAGAUGUAAGCAUCCAGGAGAAUGCGGCUAAAGGCACUGCAGUUGCGCAGGCUCAGGCUCAGCACCCCGACGGCAGCCGUGACGGCAUCACUUACAGCAUUUUCAGCGGUGACAAAUACCAGUCCUUCAGCAUCAGCUCCAGUACAGGUGAAAUCUGGGUACAGAGCUCCAAGGGCCUGGACUUUGAGGACGCUCCAAGACUCCGCCUAGUGGUGAAGGCUGAAACUAUAUCAUCCAGCUCCUUCAUGGCUGUCAACCUGAUGCUUCAGGAUGUCAAUGACAACCUGCCACGAUUCCAGCUACAAAACUAUGUGGCAUAUAUGCAUGAAGCACAGGGCUAUGACUUUCCCAUUAUUCAGGUUGUGGCAGAGGAUGUCGACCAGGGUCAGAAUGGCCAGGUGACUUACUCCAUCGAGUCUUCGAGUCAAAGUGGCCUUUUCAAGAUUGACCCUCUGUCCGGCAGCAUCACAACAGCGGCCAUUAUGGACCGGGAAAUCUGGACGCAGGCAAAGCUGGUGAUAAAAGCCACAGAUCGUGGCAGCCCCAAGCUAGUAGGCACUGCCACCAUCACAGUGAUUAUCGUCGACCUCAACGACAACAGUCCCACCAUCCCAGUGCCGCGGGAAGUUAGAGUGCCAGAGAACUCUCUUAUCGGCACUGAGAUCAUUCUGGUUACUGGAAAUGAUGUGGAUUCUGGCCCAGUACUGUCUUAUUCUCUCCAGCUGGAUGCCCCAUCGCAGGGAAAAUUCGGAAUCCACCGCUACAAUGGCCGUGUGUCUCUGACAGCACCACUGGACUUUGAGGAGAGGACAUGGUAUAUGUUGACUAUUCGAGCUUCAGAUUCAAAGCACCAGAGUGAAGCCAAUCUAACUGUGCUGGUGGAUGAUAUAAAUGAUAACGCACCUACAUUUACACAAGAUCUCUACCAGGUAACACUUCCAGAACAUUCUCCACCAGGCAGUCCUGUUAUCACAGUAACAGCCACUGAUCGAGAUUCAGGAGAAAAUGGAAAGGUUACUUAUCGAGUGGUGUCAUCAACAAGGGAGGGGUUUUACAUUGAUCCUAAAAAUGGUACACUUUUCAUCAGACAGAAAGCAGAGUUUGACCCGGAGCAAUCCUCUGUGAGCAUAGUCAUUGAAGCUUGUGAUGGAGGGACUCCAUUUCUGUCCUCUUCCGCCACAGUCCAAGUUCAGUUGACAGAUGUCAAUGAUAAUGCCCCGAUAUUCCAUCAAUUGGAGUACAGAGCCACAGUACCUGAGGACCAGCUACCUGGAGCCACCAUCCUGACCUUAGAGGCAGUCGACAGAGACCUAUCUCAAGAAAACUCUGGCUUUGAUUUUGCAAUCGCCAGUGGGAACAUUGGAAACGCUUUCCAGAUUGAAAGUAGCGUUCGUUUUAUAGAGGGUCAAGGUUUCCAGACAGUAGGAACCCUGAUCCUGGUGGAGCGACUGGAUUUUGAGGCAUUGUCACACUACAAUCUUACCAUCUCAGUCUCUGAUCGUGGUGUUCCCCAACGCAGUUCUAGUGUACCGGCUAGCAUCACGGUCACUGAUGUAAAUGACAACCCUCCUGUCUUUGGCAGAGCUGAGUAUAUAGUGGCUUUGAGUGAAGGGGCAGCAGCUGGUACUGAAAUCUUACGCGUGACUGCAACUGAUCCUGAUUCAGCUCCCUAUGCAGCAAUCCAGUACAGCAUAAGCUCUGGAGAUGAGAUGAAAUUGUUCUUGGUGGAUCAGUGGACUGGAGCACUGAGGCUUCAAAGACCACUGGACAGAGAGAGCCGGACCUCCCAUUUGGUUAUAGUACAAGCCUCAGACGGCCAUGGUCAUUUUGCCCUGGCCCCUAUUAGUUUAGAGGUAAAGGACAUCAAUGACAACAGACCUUACUUUCCCAUUGCAACUUUAACCGGCAGUAUUUGUGAGAACCAACCACCCAACUCUGCUGUGACAGUGUUGCAUGCCAUUGACUAUGACACAGGUGUUUAUGGACAGCUUAAGUAUUAUAUGAUGGACCACUCCAGCCUGGGAAAAGAUCUCUUUUUAGUAGACCAGAACUCAGGGGAAGUUCGAACCAAGCAGACAUUUGAUUUCGAGAAAGUGAACUCAUAUAACUUCAUCGCUUUAGCUGUGGAUGCAGGGAACAAUUCGGCCACUGUCACUGUGCAGGUCUAUGUUACAGGAGAGGACGAGUAUGACCCAGUUUUCUCCUCUUCAGACUUCUCCUUUGAGGUACCAGAGGGAGCCAAAAAAGGUCAGAGCAUUGGGCAAGUACAGGCCAAAGAUGAGGAUGGUGGUGUGGAUGGGAUCGUACUCUACUCCUUCCCCAAUAUCUCUCCAUACUUUGAUGUGAAUAAGACCACCGGUGUGAUCUACCUUAAGAUGGAUGGCUCUAGCAGCUCAAGCGGUGGUAGUCACUCCAAAAGAGAACCCCGCCUAAUGACUAUGGAUGUCAAUGCUCACAGCCCCCUCGAUACCUCAAGAGUUGCUUCUGCUCAGCUCAACAUUGACAUAACCAACACAUCCUUUGGUCUUGCAAAUGAUCUUAACAUCCUCCUUGUGAGCAUAAUUGCUGCCUCGCUUGGAGUAAUCGUCUUAUUAGUAAUAAUUGCUGUUGCUCUUUAUCUAGUAAGAUCAAGGCGCAAGAAGACAGGUCAGGACACUGGAAAUAGGGUUGUGUCUUCAGGGACGGCUUUGCAGAAUUUGGAUGAUUCUAAACCCACAGGGGGAGACAGGAUCUAUCAUCAGGCCCUUCCUGGAUAUGCAGGUGAUGAAGAAGGAACCGGUGGAGGUUCUUACACACGAGGAGGUUCCCUUGAUCCCUCUCACUCCAGUGGACGAGGAUCUGCAGAAGCAGCAGAAGAUGACGAAAUCCGUAUGAUCAAUGAAUACCCAAGAGUUGCAAGCAUCACCUCUUCCAUGCAAGAGCACAUCUCUGCCCGGGGUCCUGACUCGGGCAUCCAACAGGAUGCGGACCAACUCUCUGAUAUUUCUUGUGAACCUGGGCCACUUGAUGCAAGCCAGUGGUUCAAAACUAAGAAACUGGGGAGCAUCAGUGGUACCCUACUCUCUGGCCAACUCCCAGUCUACCGAGAUGAAGGUGGGGGCUACCUUGGAGCAGGUCUAGGGUUAAACAUUUCCCAUCCGAAAGAUUACGCCUUCCCAGAGGAUGGCAAACCCACAGUAGACGGAUCCCUCACAGCCAUAGUGGCAAGUGACGAGGAACUGCGAGGCAGCUACAACUGGGAUUACCUUCUCAACUGGUGUCCCCAGUUCCAACCCUUAGCCAGUGUCUUUACAGAGAUUGCCAGGCUUAAAGAUGAGAGUCUACCCCCCAACAACCCACGGCGGCCCUUCCACUCCAAACUCAAGACAGACCCCAAGCCAAGAAUUGACCCGCCACCCCUCAUUACCUCAGUUGCUCAUCCAGGAGCAAAAUCCGUCCCGCCUAAACCAGCCAUAGCACGGACGUUCCACCAUUUGGCAACCCUAAGGCGUUCACCCAUAAGCCAUGAGGGCUCUAUCGCUUCAGCGGCGAUGUCACCUAGCUUCUCUCCUUCGCUGUCCCCUCUUGCUGCACGGUCUCCAGCAGUUUCCCCAUUUGGUGUCACUCAAGGUCCCUCAGCCUCCAUCAUCAGCACCACAGAGCACACACUAGAGCACAGUGAUGAUGCAGAGAUGAGGAUUUAAUGCUGCAUUGCACUUCAUUUUAUGAAGCCAAUUUUUUUGUCUUUGGAUAAGACAUAUUAGUCACUCUUAGCAAUGUUGCAUAUCUGAAAAGGCAGCAUAAAAAAAUCAGCCGCUCAGCCAUCAUUGUGACGCAGGUGUCUGGUAAUUGAAAGGGUAAAAUCAUUGUGUGGCUGUGAAAUUACAUUACCCUUCAUCAGAGCCACCGCAGUGUUGACAUAAAGAGUUGUAUGUGUUGCUCAGUGUUGUCUCACUGGCUGGCCAGGGAGGCAAGACAUAAUUGCUCCUUUGUUUUGUUUUUUAUAUUUGAGGACUCAGACAACUUUGAAACUUCUCCAGUGUUGCGUUCAGUCCAUCCAAAAUAGCUGCUAUCAUACUUUAUAGACCGCAAUGAGAACUCUUUGUGGGAACUCAAACUUAUAUCAUGUUUGUUAUGACCAAGAGAUGAUUUCUGGGGGUUUUUUCCCCCCUUAAUUUUCUCUUUUAUUUUUUUAUUUUUUUACAGUGAUACUCUCCAUUUCAUGGAAAUAUUUUUUUUAACACGGUUUAACUUCUGACUUUGAAAUGCCAUUGCUUUGAGUGAGCGAAGAGGUUCUUAAAUUGUAGUGACAUUCUUUAUCUGUAUAUUUAUAAGAACAUGUAUGCUAGCCAUAAUAUGUGUAUUAUCAUUGUAUAGUGACUAGGAUCACCAUACUGUGCGGUUGUGAAAUUUGUGUCACUAGUAAUGUGAAUGAUUGGAAGAUGUUUUAUAAUAUAAUUUAUAAAGAGAAAGGCUGAAUGUGUUUAAACAUCCCAUGUUACAUAGUGUUGUAUUCUUUUAACUAGAUUUUUCAGCAUCCUAGCUAACUUAUUGUAGAGAAGCUCUGACAAGGCCAUAUUGAUUAAGGCUUAUCUGGAAGCCUGUCAAGAAAUUGGUGAGACCUGAAAGACUCUUCUAUUUGUGAAUGGGUUUCUUCCAACUAAAUGACAACUUAAACAGAGCAGCUCUUUAACACUGUUUCUAUGCCACUCUUUUUUGGCAGUAAGACAGAAAAUGUAUGUAUUUUCUGUAUAACUAACCUUCGCUAGGUAUGUUUAAAGUGACAAAAUUCUUACUCCAUUUUGGGAUGCAGAUAUUGACCUUUCAGGGUGAUUCACAAGGAAACUGAACUUUUUUGGAUAAACUCUGGAUAAACUUCUGAAGAGCCCUGCAGUUUUAUCUCUCAUCUCCUCUGUGGAAACAGAUUUAAGCAUUUGGAUGACCUUUCUUUUCAGAGAGCUAUUUUGCUACCUCUAGUGCAUGCCUGAUACCACCACUGCCCCUGUUCAGCACCCAGAAUAAAUGUGAGGAAAAGAAGAGCCUGACAUUUUCAAAGUUUGUGUUAUGCAGCAAAAGGCCAAUCAUCUGGCUUUUAGAGGAAAAAAGAACACAGAAGGGGUCAGAGUCGAAUUUGUCCUUCAUUAAAAAGCAAUUUGAAAGGAUACAGUAGGUUUUAAAGAACCGGCCCUAAGGCUGUGUAGUUAAAGACAGGGUAUGCCCAUUUUCAAAUCAAUUGCAGCCAUGUAGAAACAGCAAGCAUUUCUUUAAAUUAAAUCAGUUCAUACACAAGGAAAAGUGUAUAGAUGAUCAUGCAUAUUGUGAACCAACCAUACCAGACAUCUAUGACUGAUCACAUUUGGCAUAGCUGUAUAGUAUGUGCAAGGCAUCCCAUACAGGAAAUCCAUCACUAAUAAAUAGCAUGCUUAUUAUUUUAUGUCAUCAAGCCAUUAGAUCAUUUUCUGGCUUUAACAGAUCACAUGCACCUCUCAGAUGCUUGUUGACACCCACUUCUAAUAAAAGGGUUUGGCUAUUUCAGCUACGCCCAUUACUAACAGGUGCAUACAGUCAAGCAUACAGCCAUGUGAGUUAAGGUGUCCACAUACUUUUGGCCAUGUAGUGUACGUACAAUAUUUAUAUGUGAAAUAAAAUCUUACAUACA